ACCCCCUAUGGAGUGCCAGUUUACUUGCGCGUGACCCAGAUGCAAUACAAGCUUCUCAUCAGAGAUAUUUCCAGAUUUCUUGAAAGUGGCGCCAAUGUAAUCACAACAUGUACAUACCAAGCUAGCAUUGAGGGAUUCUGUCAAAACCUCCUCAUCUCACCAGAGGAGUCACUUGAGCUGAUAAAGAGAGGUGUCAAGCUGGCACAGAGUGCAAGGACAAUGUACAUGCAACAAAAUCCAGAUGUUAUGCAGUGCCCUCUAGUGGCAGGAUCUGUUGGACCAUAUGGAGCAAGUCAGCAUGAUGGGUCAGAGUAUUCAGGAAACUAUGUAGAAGAUAUGAGUAUUAAGGAGCUAAAGGACUGGCAUCGACCAAGGGUAAGGGCUCUCCUUGAUGCAAGGGUUGACCUCCUUGCAUGUGAGAGCAUACCUGCACUGAAGGAAGCACAAGCGUUAAUUGAACUUCUCUGUGAAUUCCCACACGCCAAAGCAUGGGUGUCAUUUACAUGCAAGGAUGGCUGCCACACUAGCCAUGGGGAUUCAUUUGCUGCUGCCUUCAAUAUUUGCAUGCAAUAUGACCAGGUCGCUGCAGUGGGCAUCAAUUGCACUCAGCCAAAAUAUAUUUCACUAUUGUUAACCAGUGUUAGCGACUUGCCUCCGUGUAAACCGAUCAUCGUUUAUCCAAACAGCGGUGAAGACUGGCAAGCACAGAAAGGGUGGUCAGGGAGAGGGUCGUGCAUCCCACUCGACCAUUAUGUGGAGGACUGGGUAAACCUAGGAGCACGCUGGAUCGGUGGCUGCUGCAGAGUAACUCCAUGUGACAUAACUGCUAUCAGACAAGUAGUAGACAAACUACGUGACAAGAGAAAAACUGCAUAGUCAAUAAAGAUAACUGCAAAGUGAGAGAGGAGCAAUCACGAUAGGAGUUCUAAUGAAUUGCUAAUUAUAUAGUGCAAGAAUGCCAUUACCGGCUAAUGUUGCAAUGGAUUGUCCAGUGUGUGUAUAAUAGUGAUUGUCAGUUUAGCUGGAAACCAAUAUUUCGUUCAAUAUAAUUUUAUUUUAAAUAUGGAAGUGAUUUUACAAUUUACAGUAACAUGUUGAGUUGGCUCUUAAAAAACCAGGCAAUGUAUAUGCCAUCAACAAAACCAGUUAGCAAGGACUGUAAUGUGUCGUUUCUGUUUGCAUGAAGCAAACAACAUAGUCGCCGUAAAAAAUUGCUAGACCAGCUGUGUUCUUUACUUACAUUGCGAUUGUCAGUAAUUUAGCCACACUUUGUCAGAUUGGUAGUUUCCAGCCACCAAGGUCAACCUAACAACACAUGUCAUUGAUUUGGCUAAAUGAUCCUAUUAACUGAAUUCGCGGCUGUUCUUAUGUGGGUCAGCGUGGCUUUUUGUAUUUGAAUUACAGAAGCGAAAGUAUGUAUUACUGAAUGAAUGCUCAGUGGUGUUGUUUCACAGAGUACAACUAUAUUGUUGUUUUAAAUUUGUCAUAGGGAGCUGGUGUGCUGCAUAUUCAGAGUCAUUAUCAUAAACUCUUAAUUAUGUAUUCAACUCUUAUAUAGCUCAAUAUAAGAUUUGGUAGUUUGCUGUAGUUUUAUAAAAGAUACGGGUGAUUUUGUAUUUCUGAAAUAUAUACAUAGAAAAUAAGGCCUGGACAUUUAACUACAAUUAAUUACAAGAUAAUAAAAAUUAUAUAGUGAUUUGAUAUUUA